AGCUUGUUACGUCUCCCACUAAUAACUUUUGCACCAUCGCACCUCACACAGCACUCAUCGUUUGUGGUGACUCUGGGUCGUGUGCUGAGGGCUGUGGUAACUUUCAAAGGAAUAUUGAUUGAAUGGGUUGUUGUGAGAGCAUAUAAUGAACCAUUACUUGAUGAGGAUGGAAAGGUUGACUUGUACACACCAUCCCAAUACAAAGUGUUUCAGAAAGUGACCGACAAUGCAAAUGCUGCGAUGUUGAACUUCUGUUCACCAGGAUUUUCUGACUUGUCUAUCCGCUCCUUCUUUACCUGGCUGCAUAGUUUUGUUUCUCUCUUCACUGAUGUGUGCAAGAGGUGUAGUAAUCAUCUUCAUAACCACAUGCCCCCAACAUGGAGAGAAUUUCGGACAUUAGACCCCGUUCAUGAAGAAUGUAAAGCAUGAGCAGAGCAUUAAUUUUUUUUUGUUAAACAUUUGUCGUGAGAUAGUGUGGAGGCAAGUGUAUAAUGAUAUGCUAAGAAUAUAAGAAUGUAAUAUUCAUUUUAAUAUCAAGUUUCUUUUGUAUCAUACUUGAAUCAUUCGCAAAAUGGAGUUUUGUAACUAUAGACUUUAGACAGUUUAUGUAGAUUUAAUAGAUUUGCAUUCGUAUGAAUUUUAUCACAUUUCUGUUUAGAUUGUAAUACAAAUAUUAUUCAAAGAAAAAAUAAAGUUACCAAUACC